AUGAACAUGCCCCGAGCGGACGCGGCCGCUAGAGAGGGGCCUCCUCCCGUCAUCAAGGACAAACUUCGGGUCCUGAAGUCAACCAUCCGUCACCGAUUCGGAAAGAAGACCGUGCCCUGGCAGAUGCUCCUUACCCUCCCCGGAAGGCAAGCAGCUGUCCAGGCGCUGCCGUCCGUGGCGGAGGUCCUGCAGGCGUCGUCGUUCGCGGGGGAGGCUCCCAGGCGCGAGGGAGGCUUGUAUGAGUACCCGGAGCUGAGCGAGGGCAGGGAGCUGUACAACCUGUACUGGAACCAGCAGGGCGUUGGCGGGCCUCGUCAUGAGGAAAGGGACUACUCGGUCGUUUCGGCUGCUGAAGCCGAGUCUGUGGAUAUGGGGCCCAGUAUUCCUCGCAAUAUGCCUCCCACCCCUGACACUGCCGUUUUUGGACACACUCACACUGGCUAUACCACGGUCCCUGGAAACGCUCGUCUGGACAACAAUGUUUCUGGGCAAACUCGCCUGCGCAAUGCUGUCCCUGUCAACAACACUGUUCGUCGAGACACCGUAGCUGGCAAUACCGUCCCCAGCAAGCCUGUUUUGAGACGCACUCGCCCUGGCAGUACCGUUUCUGCUGGCAGCACACUCCCUGACAGCAGCCGCCCUCGCAAUACCGUUCUUGGAAAUGCAGCUCCCCGUCACAAUACUCUUGCCAGCAAACCGGCUCCUGGCAGUAUCGAUCCUGCUCAUCCUGUCUCUCCUCGCAAUACUAGCCAUGGCAAUGUUGUCACUGGCCCGCCUGUCCCUCCCAAAGACAUGCCUCGCAGCACUGGAACUGGCACGCAAUCCCCUCGGAACACUGUUCCUAGCACUACUACUCCUAGCAGCACUGUCACUGACAAGAUCACCCCUGGCACUAUUACUCUUCCUGCCCGUGCUAGCUCUGGCAGUAUUGCUUCUAGCAGAGCUCGAGCUGUCCCAGGUCGUAUCGUGCCUGUCAACACCUUCCUUGGGAAUGAGGACCCAGGUCGUACCUUCCCUGGAGACAUCGUCCCUGACAAGGCUUCCACUCGCAACGCUAUCCCUGGCACUGUACCUGACAGCUCUUUCCCUACCAAUACUGUUCCCGAGGGCACUUUCUCUGGCAAUACCACUCCUGGCAACACUCUUCCCAGCAUUGCUGUUCCUGGCAGCGUCGAUUCUGAUCACCCUUCCUUUGACAACACUGCGCCGGUCCACUCUGCCCCUCGCAACUUCGCUCCUGUCGAUAACGCGCCUGUCAACACCGUUCCCUACAAGACUACGCUCUGGGAUCAGGCGUACCAACGAAACAAGGAGAAUCAGACCAAGAAGGAAAUCGUUGAUGAGUUUGAGAGACUUCUCUCGAAACAUAUGUCAUCGAACCAGGACGAUGCAGACAUCUACAAGGAUAGCAGGCUCCCUCACAACAAGAUCAGUGCUGACCCUCGAGCCCGCCGUGAUCAGCUUGAGGGCAUCUUCAGGCAGCAUCACUUCAAGAAAUGCAGCACCACCAAGGCUGUUUUGCACAACUUCGGAAAGGUCGUUUCGUUCUUCGAUGAUUGGAUCAGUGGCGCUGUACAGUUUUCGCCCCACGCGUCUCUUGCAUGGGGGGUAGUCCGCGUCUUCCUGCCUCUUCUGACCAACCCGGUGGCUCAGAACGAAGCGCGACUGAAGGCGGUUACAUAUGUCACCAUGCGCUCUUCUUAUUAUGCACAACUGGAGCUCAUCAUCCAGCGCGUGGAAAACAAGCUUGAGAGGGAGACGAUGCAAGGCCAGCUCAUAUCCCUCUACGAGCAGAUGAUCGAUGUGCAAGUCAGGGCUGUCGUCCACGCCUUCAACCAGUUCAAGUCGGCCGUCAAGGACACACUGGGUGUUGGCAAAUGGGAAGAAAGUCUUGAACGGGUCAAGAAGCUUGAGAUCAUCAUCAACAAGGACCUGAAGGUACUCCAAAACUUCGCAGACGGCAAUGCCCUGACCGCUAUUCUGGGAAAUGUCAAUGCCGCCAUCGGUAAGAUUGAGGGCCUGUCAAAGGUAGCUCAUGAACAGCUGCUCUGUGAGAUGAAGAGGAACAAUACAAUUAUGUUGGAAGGCAUGCGCGUACAGCAGGAGCAUUUCGAUCAUCUCCUCAGUCAGGAGGACAUGGCAUGCUUGCGGGCUCUCGCCCCUGAGACCGCUUCGGGACAGAAGUCGUACGUCGACCUGAAGGACUCGGUGCCCGACGCAGUUUCAGGGACCUGCCAGUGGUUCCUCGGGCAGCAGCAGGUCAAGAACUGGCUGGACGGACAGUCUCACGGAAUUCUUUUUCUCACAGCGAAUCCGGGCUGCGGGAAAUCAGUCCUCUCAAAGUACAUGAUCGACUGCGUCCUCCCGCACGAAGAUUCUUCCAGCACAAUCUGCUACUUCUUCUUCAAAGAGCGGGUGCAGGACUCUCUGGCCCCAGCGAUCGCCUCGCUGCUCCAUCAGCUGCUGUCUCAGAACGACUUGCUCAUCAAACAUGCCAAAGAGCAUGUCCAAAAGCACAAGGACAUCGCCAGGUCGCCUUCGAUACUGUGGGAGAUCUUCCUGAAUGCCAUCAACGAUCCGGCUGCAGGGAGACUCGUGUUUGUCAUUGAUGCGCUUGAUGAGUGUGCCAGCGAAGAUAUCGACAGGCUUGUUCAUAAGCUGAGAAAGCUCCACACGGAGCGAGAGAAGGCUGUCAGGUUUCUUCUCACAGGUAGACGGUCCCGCCAGCUGAAUAAAGCGCAUAAAGACCUUUCUAAUCACUGCGUCAAAAUAUCCGCCGAUCACUUCGCCGCUGAGAUCGAACAGGAGGUAAGCCUUGUCACCAGGACACGCAUCGCAGAGUUCUGCGAGGACCUAUCGACGAGCGCUCAGCGAUCACUUGAGGCGAGACUUCUCGGCCAGGGUCGCCACCCUGAUCGAACCUACCUCUGGGUCCAUCUUGUGUUCGAAUACCUCAACCAAGCAGACCACAUCCCGCCCACACCAAAGGGCAUUGAAAAAGAGCUGCAGCAUCUGCCAAGGACGGUGGAGGAUGCAUAUGAGAAUCUUCUCCAACAAUCCUUGUCCAAAUCGUAUGCCGCGAAUGCCGAUGUGGCGACCGAUCUUGUCAGGCGGGCAUUUUGUAUUUUGCUGGCUGCCCACAGACCAUUGACAGUGCCAGAAAUGCGGGAGGCCAUGGCUAUGGAGCAGGACCUAGACACCAUGGCAUACCCGGGAAGAUUGGCCGACCUCGAUCUGGAAGAGUCUGAUGAAGACUUUGCUGUUCGGUUGAACCAACAAUGUGGGCUGAUGUUGUCCAUCUCUUCUGGCACGGUGACGUUUUUCCACCAAACAGUCAUCGACUUCUUGCUCCCGUCAAAGCAUAUCCUAUGGCUCUACGCUUUCGUGGGGCUAGACUUCGCGAUCAUAAACGAGCUUGAGGCGAGACAGACAGACGCGGAAGACCAUGGUGAUCUCCUCAAGACUGCGCUGUUAAUUGCGAUGAUGAAUGGACACGGCAGCACGAUCGAGAUUCUGUACAACCAUGGUGCAGACAUCAACAUGAAGUUCGGCAACAAGUGGUCUUCGAACAAAAGAGGAUCUGGACAGACCUGA